CGUUUCAAGGGCGAAUUCCCAAGAGAGAUGAUACUUGAAACACAAAAUCGUCGCAGUUAUGUAAUUAAAGUUGCCGAGAAUAAUGGAAAGUCUGUCCUUACAGUGGGAUGGGGGAAAUUCGUUGAAACGUUUGGUCUACACAUGGGUGACACCUUAGUAUUCAGAUACAAUGGGAACUCUCAGUUUAAUGUCAUAAUCUUUGAUGAACUUGGUUGUGAGAAGGCAUCAUCAGUCUUUGUGGAUCCUUUUCCGCCUCCUAUGCAAAAAAGGUGCACAAGUACUACUGAUACUGUGAAAAGCUCUCAUUUUCAUCAUGAGGCCAUACAAACGCAGCCAUUUAGCAUAGGAAAAGGGAUGCCAAUGGAGUCACCACGCAGCCAAAUGGAAAUUGACAAGCCUUGUCAAGACAACAACACUGUGAUAAGUAUUUCCUCCCGCGAGUCAUCAGCUCUCAGAGAUCAUGUCUCCUCUGAAGAAGAAUAUGGGGUACACGAAGUGUCUGGUUCCAAUUGCAUUGUCAGGAAGGACAGGCUAUUUUCAUGUCAGAAGGAGCAGUUGAAGGAUGGUUACAUGACCGUCCACAAGACCAAACUAACUUCAGCUCAGAAGAAAGUGGUGAAGCAGAAGGUCCAAUCCAUACACUCAGAGAACCCCAUCUUUGUUGCUGUGAUGCGCAAGUACAACGUUGCUUCAGAAUUCUUUCUGAUCUUCUCCAAAUACUAUGCUAAGAAAUAUCUUGGGGAGGAGCGACACAUGUAUCUUCAGUUGCAGGGCAAGAAGUGGGAGGUGCAGUUUCGUGAAAACAGUUGUGGUAAAAGGCUUGGAAGUGGAUGGAAACAGUUUGUAAAAGACAACAAGCUGAAGACGGGUGAUAUCUGCCUCUUUGAACUGUUGAGCAAUGAGAGAACGAUGAAGGUCCAUAUCAUCCACGCAAAUGAUGCCAAUUAUCAGGCAGAUCCCCAGAAUGAUGCUGACCGGGGAAGGGCUCCUACUCAUCAUACGGAUGGAGCACGAACUGAAGCUAUGGAAGAUGAUGUUGCCCCUGAUGGUGCCUGAUCGCCCAAGGAAAAAAGUCUGGUGUCUGAACUCUGAACCAAGCGUAGCUGCUGCUUUUGCGCUCUACGGAAAACGAGUGACCCUAUCGAUCAUAAGGCGGUUGUUGCGUUGUAGAAACUUGAAACUAUUCUGUUGCUCGAUCUUGCUCCGUAGUUUGUUCGUUUUCUUCACAGGCUAGCCGUGCACGCGGCCUGGAACUCCCCUAGCUGUGGUUUUAGCUGCUUUUUAGUUUCCUUAUGCACCUCUGGAUUCUGCUUUUGUGGUCGCGGUUUAUUUCGUUAUCGUGACGAUGAUAGUGGAGUCCGGUCCUAUGCGGCCCUUUGGGGAAAAAAAAGAACGCCAA